CAAACCCUAGACCCGCAGCCCCCUUGCUUCUCAAAUUUAUGCGCGACUCGCGCUUGUUUCUCAUCCUCACAAUCAGGAACCCGCCGAGCAUUACUUCCUCGGCGACCUCUAAAAGGUCACCACAUUGAGCUGCAAAUAUGGCAGAUGGAUCACAUCAUCCAUCAGUAAUUCAGAAGAUACAUGGACAAUCUUAUUUAUUGUCUCAAAUUUCUCCCAACUUGCACAACAGGAAUGCUGGUCUACACAAUUUGACCGGUGCAUAUGUGAAUAGAGGUCUUCAGCGACCUUUGAUUCCAUCAUGUUAUGGCAAUGGCCUGGAAUCUGUAUCACCACUGUCCCCUGUUUUUGUGCAAGCUCCAGCAGAGAAAGGUUUUGGCGGCUUUAUGGUGGACUUCCUCAUGGGAGGAGUUUCUGCUGCUGUAUCCAAGACUGCUGCUGCUCCAAUAGAGAGAGUCAAGCUCUUAAUUCAGAAUCAGGAUGAGAUGCUCAAAACUGGAAGGCUGUCUGAACCAUACAAGGGAAUUAGUGACUGCUUUGCCAGAACCAUGAAGGAUGAAGGUGUUAUCGCUCUUUGGAGAGGGAACACUGCCAAUGUUAUCAGAUAUUUUCCAACCCAGGCCCUGAACUUUGCUUUCAAAGAUUACUUCAAGAGGCUGUUUAAUUUCAAGAAGGAUAAGGAUGGUUACUGGAAGUGGUUUGCUGGGAACUUGGCAUCAGGUGGUGCUGCUGGUGCUUCAUCUCUCCUGUUUGUUUAUUCUCUGGAUUAUGCUCGGACACGCCUGGCAAAUGAUGCUAAGGCUGCUAAGACGGGUGGUGAACGGCAGUUUAAUGGUUUAAUUGAUGUUUACAAGAAAACUCUCAAAUCUGAUGGUGUUGCUGGUCUUUAUCGUGGGUUCAACAUUUCAUGUGUGGGAAUUAUUGUUUACCGCGGGCUCUACUUUGGGAUGUAUGAUUCCUUGAAACCUGUGGUUCUGGUUGGCCAGUUGCAGGAUAGUUUUUUGGCAAGUUUCCUGCUGGGAUGGGGGAUUACCAUUGGUGCUGGUUUGGCCUCUUACCCAAUUGACACCGUGCGUAGAAGGAUGAUGAUGACCUCAGGAGAAGCUGUCAAGUACAAGAGCUCCCUGGAUGCAUUUAAUCAAAUCUUGAAGAAUGAAGGUUCAAAAUCGCUCUUCAAGGGUGCCGGAGCAAAUAUCUUGCGUGCUGUUGCGGGAGCUGGUGUGCUUGCUGGUUACGACAAGUUGCAGGUCCUUGCUUUUGGCAAGAAAUAUGGAUCUGGUGGUGGCUAAAUACCAAAUCAAAUGAUGAUGAUGAUGAAAUAUGACACUAUUUAGGUGUUCUGUUUUUGAAUAAUUUUGUCAAGAAAACACAUGGUGCCUUUUAUGUUUCUCCGAGUAUGUUAGGAAUUUCAUGAGUUAUAUAGACCAGAAUACCUACUUGAACCUUCAUUUGAUGCCUCCUCCGUGCUUCAUGCACUAGACCACCGUAGUUUUUUCCGGCUGUUUUGUGAGAAAUAAUUUGACGGUUUUAAAUUUCACAACCGUGCUUUAGUUGGAAAAUGUUGUCUGGAGCGGUUUCUGUAAUGCGUCAACCAAAUGCUUUUAUGAUUAAUGUUUUUGGAUUGUUCA